UCCGCGCACACAUGUCCCAUCGACGAUACAUGGUUUGUGGGUGUGUGGUAUCUAGUGGAGAAGAACAAGAGCCUGUACAUAAUACCUACUAUUCGCACACAUGUAUACUUUAUCAACUUAAAGCUUUAUCUAGGAGAGACAUCGAUGCGCUAUGAUUUGCCUUACAGGAGAUGGUUCGGGACGGCGGCAUUCACGUUCGAUUCAAACAGGUGGAAUACAGUAGGUGUCGGGUGGAGUUGGGAGGAGGAAGGUAUCACGACAGCACGGGCUGCUAUCUAUCCUUCUAAUUAGUAGCGGACCUGUGCAACAUAUGGACUCUGUCUUAUUAUAUAGCCUUAUUUAUGUAAAAUAUUCUACCACGUUUGAUUGUCUACUCCGGGACAGUAAAAUUGUGAUAUUCAAACGGCGAAUCUUUAUUAGCUGGGAGACCAUUGACACACAGGUGGGAGAUACCCGUUUCUUAGGACGGCCCCUCUUUCAGUUCCUCAGAGCAGGAUAUGAGCUACUGACAUUUGUUAUUACCCUUUGGGACAGGAGGCGAACGUUUUCUGCUAACAGGUGUGAGAGAGAGCACACCAAUCUUCAUAGCCUGAUACGGAAUCCUUCCUCAUUGUUCGCAGGAAUAUCAAUCUAUGUCAUAUGUUGAUCACUUUCUAGCCAAGAGAGAUACAUUUAACGGUUAUUUGAAACAUACAUCGAAUAAAAUAGUGUAUUAUUAGUGUUUGGAAAGACCCCGUCCUCCUAUUUAAAAAGACACGGGACAUCAGAGAGAAACCAUGUCAAUGAAAAAACCCAGCUUGAAUUUACCCAAAAUGAGCAGAAACCCGGUGGUGUUGGAAGGAGAGAUGUUCGGCGAAUUUCAGGACUGGUGUCUCCGUACUUACGGGGACUCGGGUAAAACAAAGACAGUCACCCGGCGAAAAUACAAUAAGAUUCUCCAGACCCUUUUACACACCGACGACUCCGACGCGGUCUACAUCGAGAGCAACCACAUCAACGCCAAAUUCAAAUUCUGGGUGAAAUCCAAAGGGUUCCAGGUCGGGACCAUUCAAGGGGACCUGAACAAGAAUGGAGCCACUGACAUACCUGUCCUGUACGUCCCCAUCAAGGUGACGUGUGUGGACGGGAGCUCUGGGUCGGAAUCCUCUCUGAAGAGGGUGGCGGUGGUGGAGGACUUCUUUGACAUCAUCUAUGCCAUGCACGUAGAGAUCAGCACCGAUCCCGGCAAAGCACCCAAACACGCCGGACAGAAGAAAACCUACAAAGCGAUAGCGGAGACGUAUGCCUUCCUGCCCAGGGAGGCAGUGACCCGUUACCUGAUGAGCUGUGGUGAGUGUCAGAAGCGGAUGCACAUCAGCCCUGGCGGCGCAGAGUUCAAAGAAAAUGACAGACCGACAUCACUGGUGCCGGAUCUCAUCGACUACAACAUGCCGCUGACCACCACCUAUCUGAAGCAGAUGAAACUCCAGUGCAUGAGUACCAAUGAGCAGGAUGAGACUUCAGUGAGCAGUGAGGACUUUGAUAUGAACGACCCCACAUGGAUAACAGCUGAUCACGGCCCUGCUUCCAACCUGAGUCCCCCGAACCGCAGAGAGAGAAUGCACAGCCCACAGAACACACACAUUAAGGAGGAGGACGAUGACUCAUCCUCGGAGAGCGGUAGCGGGAACGGCAUGCACACCAUGACCCUUCCGUCUGCGUGCGGGGCGGCCCCGGGGUCUGAGAGGUGCAUGGGGGGAACCCCCUACAGGAAAGUGGUAAACGGCAACAGGCCCUCGGUCCCGCUGGACUUCAGCACCACCUCCUCGUCCUCAUCGUCCGAGGACCAACAGGCUCCAGUCAACCUGAGUGAGACCAGGCUGCCUGGGUCUGCCCUGAUGGGCCCCUUCCAGCUCGACCCCCCAGACGAGCUGCGCAGGAAGUACCCCGUCAAGCCCCUCCCCCAUGCCGCUGAGCUGCGCCUGGACAGAGACUCGAUCAGGGACUAUGGCAACAAGUCUCCUCAGUACAGCUCAGGAAGCUACGACUCAUUGAAGAUGGAGACAUGUGCCGAGGACCUGACCGUGACCAGAGGUGUGGCGGCGGCAGACGACGAUGACGACGAUGAUCACGACGACAGUGACAAGAUCAACGACACAGAGGGCAUGGACCCUGAGAGACUAAAGGCCUUCAACAUGUUUGUGCGUCUGUUUGUGGAUGAGAACCUGGACCGCAUGGUGCCCAUCUCAAAGCAGCCCAAGGAGAAGAUCCAGGCCAUCAUUGAGUCGUGUAGCCGCCAGUUCCCAGAGUUCGAGCUGCGUGCUCGCAAGCGUAUCCGCACCUACCUCAAAUCCUGCCGCCGAAUGAAGAAGAACGGCAUGGAGACACGACCCACCCCACCUCACCUCACCUCAGCCAUGGCUGAGAACAUCCUGGCAGCCGCCUGCGAGAGCGAGACACGCAAGGCUGCCAAGAGGAUGCGGCUGGAUGUCUACCAGGCACAUGAGGACCAGAUAGCACUUGACAAGCCCAGUUCUCGCGAGCCAGCCUCCCUGGCCCACUCUGCCUACUCCCUGGCCACCUCAGCCUACUCCCAGGACCAGCUCUACAUCAACGGUGGGCUCAACUACAGUUACCGUGGUUACGGGGGCCUGGGAGCAAGCAUGCAACACCCUGUCUCCUUGACAACCGCCACUGCUCAGAGCAACGGUCCUACUGACCUCAGCAUGAAGUCCCUGGUGUCCAACUCGUCAUCGGCCAGCUCCAACAGCCACGGGCGGAGCGGUGGCGGCGGAGGGAGCGGGGCCUCGGCACAGCUCAGCCCCACGGAGAUCACAGCCGUGCGUCAGCUCAUCGCCGGCUACCGCGAAUCAGCCGCCUUCCUGCUCCGCUCGGCCGACGAGCUGGAGACCCUGAUCCUGCAGCAGAACUGAGAUGAAAACCUCCAUCUCCCCCCGACUCCCUCCUCCCUCUCUCACUCCAACUCUCCCACACGAACCCUAACUAACCGACCAACCACUCUCGCACUCAGCAGAUCCAUCCGUCCGUGAUUCGUCCUCCUCCACCAGCCUUUACAUUCUCCUCAUCGCCAGGAAAAGAAGGCAUGCAACAGCGCUACCUUCCUCUAGUCUAAUAAUCCAAACCCUCUUGAUUGUUUUAGCAUUAGUGCGUGGAGAGAGAGAGCACUGUCUGUGACCUCUUUGGAACAGCGUUUCUCCCUCUCUUCAACCACCUGUAAAGGAUUGCGCUCCCUCCCAUUCAUAACGGCUCUCCCUCACUCCCACAGCUCUGUGGAAAGAAGAGGGAUGACACAGAGAGUCGGAAAUGAGUCUACCUAGUGUGGGGGAGAGAGUGGUGGGCUGGUGCACUGGAGAACACUGAAGGGUUGUGCUGUAAGGAGAGAAGAGCUCCCCCUUGUGUAAGAAUAAAAUAAGUGGAUCCUUUUUGUGUGCCAGGAAGCUCUAUGUGCUGCAGUACACAGAUCCCCUAAACAACCUCGCCCUCCCCAAUAACAAUGAAAGCGAGACUCCCUGAUUAGUACAAAGAAAAUUUGUACAAAAAAUGAUUAGUCCAAAAGAUAUUCUAGAGGUUUUGUCGAAGCCUGUAGAAUAUUUACGUUUGUUUGGCACCGGUCCGAGCUACUGAAAAGGGGUGUUGACUGAUCUGAAAGAGAGCACUAACUAUAAGACCCUGAACCACUUUGUUCAUGAACAGAGGCUAAGGAAGAAGACUGGGGGAAAAAUGUUAAAAGAGAGACGCGCUCGCUGUAAAUAAGCUCUCUGUGUCCUAAAGCACUUUCCCCUGAUUCAGACCUCACCGACCCGUUGAGUAAUAAAGACCGCGAUGUCCCGGGAGCAACACUUUAACUUAUGCAUUAUGGAGACGCCAUCUUUUCCACAUGGAAAUACCUCAGAUCUACCAACCGUUUUAGUACUUCAUUCAUACUGGGUGCCGUUAUCAUACAACGCUCACCAGUUACUACCUGAUGUGUUCAGUGUUUUCAAAGACCUGCAGGAAGCAACCAUUUCAAGAAGAAUAAAUAUUGUAACUAUAGUUCAAAUUCUAUCCCAAACAAAGUAUUGUUUGUCCCGUUAUUUGUGUAAUGUAUAUAUUCAGUCCAUCAUUGAUUCUAGAAGCAUCAGUAAAGUGAAGGACUGGGGGCAAAAGGAAGUAUGUUCUGUGGGAGACUGAACCUCUCCGAAGGUAGCUGGAGAUGUUUUUCCAGAGGCCUCCAUGUUUUCCACCCCCUUGGUGGCUCGUUGCUCCCUCAUCAAUUCCAGGUUUUGGUUUGUCCCGAUCUGGUUGUCAACACUCAUCACUCGAUGAUACCGUCUCUUCUGGGUCUGGUUCUGCAUUCCUCUCUCUAACCUACCCCCUCCUCCGGACCUAUACCCCCCACCCCCUUCUCCCCCCUGACCUUACCUGAGCUCCGUCCAGCUUAGUUCUGGACCUUGGUUCUGGGAGGAAUUCUGUAUUUCUUUGUCUAUUGACUCUUUGAGAUGGCCAUUAAUCCACGCUGCUGCUACUAUAUGGACCGGACUUUUGCCACAGACCUAUAACCUCAAGUCAGGACGCCAGCCUCCUGCACAACCAGAGCACCUCAAGACAACAACACAAACAAAAAGAAGCAAAAACUACUCGAGACGGAUAAGAGACAAAAAUGUAAUUUUUGAAAACGACAUGCCAUCCCAGUCAGUUGCUUCUCUCUGCUACUAGGCACUCUGGUUGAUAUUUUUGUUCUUUCAUAAGGCUGUGUUGUUUUUACAUUAACUUUUUUCCUUUGUAGUUUUCUUCGUGAGUUUGAACCUCUGGAGGCAUAAAAGGAUCAAUGUGCUUCUCUUGCAGCCACUCACAAGGGUGAUCUGGGCCUAUCUAUCUUACUCUACAAUGUGUGGCCAAAUCUGUGAGGUUUGUACCUUUUUAGAAUGAGAGAAAAAAAUGCUAAAUGUUUCUUCAAGAGGCAAGCCUGAAGGGGCUCUGUGUCACUGUAAUUUGCUCCCUUUUGCACACUGAAGCAACAUAAAUCUGUGACGAAGGCCCUGCUUGUUCAGGUCUCCAUCUUGCACUGGCGAGGUGUGUCCUACUAAAGGAAAGAGGAAGAGUGUCGCAAUGCAGUUGAUAAUCAUCACAUUCCUGGGCCUUGACUGCAUAGUGUUAAUGAAAAGAGGCUGAGCCCAAAGUGUGAGUUGUACCACGCAUCACAUACCACCACCUCUAUUGUGUAAAUGAAAGCCAUUGAUUUAGGUGCACUAGCUCCGUGGCCUGUGAGAGGUCAUGUCUAGAAGGGAUUCCCCUAAUGUCAAAGUGAUGUCAAAACAUAGAUAUUCGAGUCACAUCAGGGAGAAUUUUUGCAUUUUAGCUAACCCUAACUAUUUUCCUAACCUUAACCUGCUGCAUAAGUUCUCCUAACCUGCUAUGAAAAGUCACAAAUGACAUUAGCGGUAUCCCUUCUAGUCAAGACCCCUGUGAGAGAUUGAAUGGAGCACUGGGCUCACUGGCAACACUCUGAACCACAGAACAACACCUUGAUUUAUCCUACUAGCAUACAUGUGCAAUGUCAAAUCUCAUCUCCAUAAUGAGUACAAAAUGAUUAAGAAAACUUUUUUUUAUUUUUAAUGUUAUGAAAAUAGUAUGCCUAGAUAGAAAGUAGAAAAUGAAGUCCAAUAAGUCCUCUUUAUCUCAGAGCAAGCUCUUGAUUGAAUCUGCUUAGUGGGUAAAAAAAAAUGAAAAACACAAGAGAAAUAUGCAAAAUGACCAGUCAAGAGGAAACCCCCUCACUGUGUUCUCUCUCAAUGUGGCUUUGAUGGCUUCAAAAUGUGUUUUCUGAUUAGUAUCGCCCUCAUUUCUGCGGAUCCACCCUUCACUCUGCUGCCCUGAGGUCUUGUGCUACAAUUCUCUCAGUACAGUAGAUGAAUAUGACGGGGG